AUGGGUCUCCUUAACCACGAAACAAACCCAAUAUCGUCUCUAACAACUGCCUUCUCUGCCUGGAAGGGUCUUCUCCUGGCCAUCGCUCUCGGUGCGUCUGUAGGCCCAGACUACGAUACUUCAACCUCUCUCUUCUUCAACAUUGUCCAUGGCCCGACGACACCUGUUCCUGCUCUCGCUACUCGUCUGACGAGAUGGGACGCGCUGUAUUUUAUGCACGAUGCGGUGAAGGGCAAAGUGUAUGAGCAGGAGUGGGCGUUUGGCAUUGGGCUGCCAGCCGUUGUACGUGGCAUUAAUGUGUUAUUUGGACUUGAGGAGGGCUGGGAUGCCAUUAUUGCGAUUGCCAUCUCACACGUUUCUCAUCUUAUUGCUGUUCUGGCGCUGUACCAGCUCACUAUUGUGCUCUGCAAUGAUCGGAAACUUGCAUACUUGGCUGCCGCCGUGCAUAUUCUUUCACCUGGCGGCCUCUUCCUUUCAGCACCGUAUGCAGAGAGCACAUUUGCAUGCCUGUCCUUUGUGGGCAACCUUCUUUUUGCUUUGGGUCUUAAAUCCAGCCCUGACUCAAUGAGGCGCAGUAUUUCCGUCAUUGGAGCAGGGAUGUUAUAUGGGGUUUCCUGCGUGUUUCGAAGCAACGGACUCUUUGGCGGCGUUCUCUUUGUGGUGGAAGCCAUCAAAGGCCUCACAGCACUUCUUGGCGGAUUCAGUUUCUCAAAAGUUCUAAGGCUAGUUGCACCUAUUAUUGGUGGGCUGUUCGUUGCAGUUGGUUUUGUUGCGCCUCAGAUUCUGGCGUGGAUGAGGUAUUGUAAUGUCCAGGAUAAUGGACAACAACGCCCCUGGUGUACACGCCCUCUCCCAAGUAUCUACACUUUCGUUCAAGAAGAAUACUGGAACGUUGGCUUCCUUAGAUAUUGGACACCCAAUCAGAUCCCUCUCUUCCUCCUUGCAGCUCCCAUGCUCACGAUCCUCAUCAAGUCAGGAACAGAGGUCGUGCGAGAACCUUCGCGAGGCCUUCGAGCCAUGAUUUCUGGCACAGAUGAAGAGUGCAGGCUGCUCGUAAGAACUCUAGCCGCUGUGCAAACUCUUCUCGCCGUGUUGGCCAUUACAAACUAUCACGUCCAAAUCAUAAGUCGUAUCUCAUCUGCGUACCCUGUGUGGUACUGGUGGGUCGCUUCGUGUCUCGUGGACAAGCAGAGACAGAAUUUGGGUUAUGGUGUAGUUGUGUUUAUCAGCAUGUAUGCCAUGAUCCAAGGGGGUCUCUUUGCAUCCUUUUUGCCGCCUGCCUAA